AUGGGAUCGCUUUCGAUCGGGCUGCGUGCCCGGCCAGCAUCUGCCGACCCUGGCGACCUCAAGGACGCCAAGAUUGCAGAGCUACGCGACAGGAGAUUCCCGCCCACGACGCGGAUGCACCACUCUCCUUCUUCUUCUUCUUCGUCUUCUUCUUCUGCCGCAACGACAGCGGCAUUGACAGCAGCAGCAGGCGGAGGAGGAGGAACCGCCACGCCGACGGCGGCCAUGACAGCAUCCACCAGCGUAGCCGGGCCGACCAUCAGCGCCAGCAUCUUUAGCAGCAGCAGCAGCAGCACUGGCGGCGGCUCCUCCAGCUCGGGGAGCGCUAAGGCGAGCGCUAAUUCCAAUCCUGGUAGCCCCGCGCCGCACCAGCAAAUCCACCACAACCACCACAACCACCACCAAGACCAUAUGCAGUCUUCUCACUCACACUCACACUCACAUCCUCAUUCUCACUCUCACUCUCACCACUCACCACUCAUCCCCAGCAAUAAUCCUACAAGCAGCAGCAGUAGCCCACAACUCUCUUCCUCAUCCACCUCCUCCACAACCCCUAUCAGCACGGCCAUACAAGCAGCAGCAGCCUCCUCCUCCUCCCCUCCGCUGCCGUCCUCUGCUUCCUCCGCCUCCUCCUCGCCGCAGCUCCAGCAGCACCUCCAGGCCUGCCUCCAGGCCCCCGAGCGCUCCAAGCUGGAUCCCAAGGACCGCCGCCUGGCCAAGCUCCGGCACCGGGCCAAGACCAUGGAGCCGCCCGUCAUGUCCUUCUACGGCGCCCAGCCCGUGCCCCUGCCCGCGCGCUUCGCCUCCAUCAAGCGCAAGCUCAUCGCCGGCCACGAGGACGCCAUCGAGGCCUCCUGGGCCCGCCUGCUUGCCGCCCUGCGCGACGAGAUCGACACCGUCGUCGCCCGCGGCGCCGCCGCCGACGACGGCCUCUUCCCCAGCAUCGGCUUCGCCGACAUCGGCGACCCGGCCCGCGUCGCCGCCUUUCAAAAGUCGCUGCAGCGCUGGGGCGUCGGCGUCGUGCGCGGCGUCGUGCCCGACGCCGAGGCCGCCGCCUGGGUCGCCGAGACGCGCGCCUACCUCGAGGUCCACCAGCACGACGUCCGGCCCCCGCCGCCCCAGGACCCGACCUGCUUCGACUUCUUCUGGACCCCCGCCCAGGUCCGCGCCCGCGCCCACCCCAACGUCCUGCGCGCCCAGAGCUGGGCCAUGGGCCUCUGGGAGGCCGAGGACGACGACCGCAUGGCCACGCGCUUCCCCAUCAGCUACGCCGACCGCAUCCGCAUCCACGUCGGCGACCAGGUGCCACCGCCGCCGAGUCAACAGCAGCAGCAGCAGCAGCAGCGGCCAGCCAACAACUCGGCCGCCGACUCGGUCACCGCCGCCGCCGCCGCCGCCGCCGACACCUCGGGCACCCUCAUCGCGCAGGUCGACGGCGGCAGCCUCGAGCGCUGGGAGCCCGACGGCUACGGCCGCGGCGGCACCUACGACGACAUCUUCCGCGGCCAGUGGGAGCAGUACAACCCCUGGGACCCCACGGGCCGCAUCGUCGCCACGACCGACCUGUACAACGGCCUCGGCGCCUGCUCCGUCUUCCGCAUGUUCCAGGGCAUCCUGGCCCUGACCGCCGUGCGCCCGGGCAUGGUGCGCCUGCUGCCCUCGCCCAAGCUGCUGACGGCCUACUUCCUCCUGCGGCCCUUCUUCGCGCCCAAGACCCCCGCGCCCGAGGUCCGCGAGGGGCCCGAAUGGGAGGCCUUCCUCGCGGCCGACAACUGGGCCCUCGAGCGGCCGCCGCCGCCGCCGGGGGAGCAGGCGGCCGCCGCGGCCUCGGCCUCGGCCUCGACCUCGACCGUCAUCCACGGCGCCGUGCCGGGCCACGCCCAGCGCGUCACCGAGCUGUGGCACCCGCACCUGCGCCUGCACGAGAGCCUGCUCGCGCCGCCGAACCUGCAGGCCGGCGACUACAUCAUCUGGCACUGCGACACGGCCUACACCAUCAUGUCCAGCGCCGGGCCCAGCCGGCCCGCCACCCCGGCCGCCGCGCCGUCCUCCCCCGUCGCGGGCGCCACGGGCGCCUCGACGCCGCCGUCUACUACUACUGCUACUACUACUACUACUACUACGUCGCAACAACAGCCCCAGCCCACAGGGGCGGGGACGGCUACGCCGACGCCGGCCUCGGUCGUCUCCUCGGCGCCCAUGAUGGUCUACGCGCCGGCCUGCCCGCUGACGCAGACCAACGCCCUGUACCUCGCGCGCCAGCGCAAGGCCUUCCUGCGCGGCCACCCGGGCCCGGAUUUCGACUCGACGGGGUCCGGCCUCGGCAGCGAGGCCGAGCACGUGGGGCGGCCCGGCGAGGCCGAGAUCCGCGAGACGGGCGGGGAGGAAGGGCUGCGGGCGAUGGGCAUGGCGCCGUGGGACCUGUCCGGUGCGGAGAAGGAGGUGCAGGCGCGCAUGGAGGUCGAGGAGCAGGAGCAGCAGCAGCAGCAGCAGGCUGAGGCGGCGGGGGAGAAGAUGGAUGUCGAUGAUGAUGAUGACGACGUGGAGGAUGGCGCAGCUGGGGCGGGCAAGGACAGAGAGAAGGACAAGGACAGGGGCAAGACGCCCGCUGCCCGGUCGGCGGCCGAGGCGGAGCUCGUGCGGCUGGCGAAUAUCAUCUUGUUCCCGGACAAGUACGAGUUCUACAUGGCGACGAGGAAUAGUACGCCUGAUGGGGGCAAAGAAGGGAGGUAG